AUGGCUGUGACGACGGCCGAACUUGUCCAGCUGGAAGAGGGUUCAAUGGAAGAGCAGAAAAUGCUUUUCCGCAUGGCUUUGGAGUUUACCAACAUUAGCUACCGGGGAGAGUUGAAAGAUGAUAAACGUAAAACAAUUCUGGAUAAUGUGUCCGGUCGCUUCUUACCUGGCCGUUUGACGGCUAUUCUUGGACCUUCAGGAGCUGGCAAAUCGUCACUACUAAAUAUUCUCUCGGGGUUUAAAAAACAUGGUGUGAUUGGCUCCGUCAUGGUGAAUGGAGAAUCGCUGAGUGACGAAGCGUUUCACAAUAAGUGCGUUUACAUCCCGCAGGAUAUCGAUUUGUUCGAAUACCUGACGGUUGUGGAGAUUCUGAACUAUGCUGCUGAGUUAAAAAUGAGUAGUUCCAGUUCGGAAAUGGUUCGCAAGAAGAAAGUGAACGACAUUGUGAAUGUUCUUGGACUGCGUCGUAGUAUGGUAACUCUGGUGAAACAUCUCUCCGGUGGAGAGCGAAAGCGCCUUUCGAUCGGUAUGGAACUGAUCACGAAUCCACCGAUCAUCUUGCUGGAUGAACCCACCAGCGGACUGGAUAGUGUUUCCGCACUGCAACUGGUAAGCUACAUCAAAUCGCUAGCCGCCGAGGGACGAACGAUCAUCAGCGUAAUUCAUCAGCCGGCGUCGAACCUGUUUCAACUGUUCGAUGACUUGUUUCUACUAUCGGCUGGCAAGUGCAUCUACAGUGGACCGAUCAGUGCGAUGGUUAGCAGUUUCGCAGAGGCUGGCUUUAAUUGUCCGAGGUACUACAACCGGGCGGAUUUCGCUCUUGAGGUGGCAUCGACUUCGAAUUCGGCCGGUAUUGAUUUGCUCGUUCUAAAAUACAACAACUCCGACACCCGGAGAUCCAUCGGAGAGAAUUUCAACGGAAGAAACAAUAUCGGUACGCCCUACAGAAACACCUGCCUAACUGUCAAAUCUCGCCGAAAAUAUCCUGUUUCUCAGUGGAAACAAUUCACCGUACUGUUGCGACGAUCACUGCGUUCGACUUCCCGAGAUUUCUUUUUCGCCCAACUGCGUGUCAUCGCUCACAUCAUCGUGGGUUUCCUGUUGGGAAUCGUCUUCUACGAUUCCGGGAAAGAUGCUUCCUCCGUUAUGACCAACACUGCUGGAAUAUUUUUCUUCAACAUUUUCAUUUUUUACGGUAACUCAAUGCCAUGUACAAUCACCUUUCCCCUCGAAGCCAAAGCGUUCGUUCGAGAACAUCUCAACAACUGGUACUCUCUGGAGGCUUACUAUCUAGCCAAAAUUUUCGCCGACCUGCCGCUACAGUUCAUCUGUCCGACCCUGUUUGUGUUGAUAGCCUACUUCCUUACGGGCCAACCGAUGGAACCGUUCCGGUUCGGCAUGUUCUGGAUCAUGUGUUUGCUGUUGGGUGCUUUCGCCCAAACCGUCGGUCUCCUGUCGGGAGCUGCCUUCGACGUUCAGAUGGCAACGUUUUUCGUGCCAUGUCUCAGCAUUCCAGCGAUGCUCUUCUCCGGUUUCUUUGUGAAAUCCUACGAAAUGCCGGAGUUCCUACAACCACUGGCGUACACUUCGUACUUCCGAUACAGCAUGCAGGGCUCGCUGCAGGGCAUCUACGGCUACAACCGUACGGACUUUCCCUGUUCGCAGAUAAUGUGCUACUACAACCGACCAGGAAAGUUUCUCAAAUUCAUGGACACUCCGGAGGAAGGAAUUGAACUAAACAUAGCCGCCAUGCUGGGCUUCAUCGUGCUAUUCCAGGUGCUGUUGUACAUGUCACUGCGAAAGCGGUUGAAAAUUUUCCGGUAA